AUGUAUCAAACCCUGAACAAGAGCAGUCACGUUCAUCGAGGAGAGCCGUCUCAAACCAGCCUUAGUUCAAGUCUUCCUGUGCUAGAUUACCUGUACAACGAAGAGAAGCUUGUGCAUACUGAAAUCAGGGCCGACAACAUUCUAAUCCCAAUCCCUGACAAGCCAAUUCUGGAGUCAUUCAUCAAGGUCGAAAUGGACACACCUUCCUCGAGUAAAUUCGUCAAUUGCACACCCAUCUCCGCUUCUCGAACGUUUGAAACGCCGAAACGGAUAGGCAGAAAACUGCUUAGAUACUUCAGAGCUGCUACUCGCGGUGAUGUGAUACGAAACUGCGACGCUCAGCCAGAUAGCUGUGGUCGCCAGAAGGCAUGCUGCAGACUGAAUAGAGUUAUCCAAUCGACACUUGGAAUGUCGGCGACAUAG